CCGGACUCUGCCGGUCCCCCCAGUAAACGGUCCGGCCGCAGUGGACAAUGGGCGCGGGGACUGUGUUGUGGUGAACACUCUCGGGGAUUGAGGCGAUGGGUUUUGUUUCUCUCCGCGCGCUGCCCCGUCCUUGAGCGAACGGCCCUUUAUUUCGAUGAUAUUUUAUUUCCCGCCAGUUCUGAUGAUGUUUCCCCCCAUUCUCACCUCCUCAGACGUGACUUGUUUUAGUCUGUUUCUUGUCAGUGCCGAUGAAUAAUCGCCAGGCCCAGGCCAUCCCCUUUAAGGUGGGUCGACCUUCCCCUUUAAGCGGUUGCCUAGUGACAGAGGCGGGAGUCUUUGAGCUGGAUACAAAAAAGUUGAAAAGUCAAAGAUGUCUCCAAAAACCAAAAAACGUGGUGGAAAUGGAAAAUCAAUAGAAUUAAUUGAACCAGCUGCCAAAUCUGCUAAAAAAGAACUGGAUAACUCAACUAAAGAUGUAACUAAAAAAAGUUCAACCAGUGACAAUAGAACAGCAGCAAAGUCAUCUGUAGAGGAUAAAGGCAACAAAGAGGCACAAAGGUUUUGGCUGAUGAAAUCAGAACCAGAAAGCCGAAUUGAAAAUGGUGUUGAUGUGAAGUUUGGAGUUGAGGAUUUGAAGGCACAACAAAAUCAGACAGCAUGCUGGGAUGGUGUUCGGAACUACCAGGCUCGAAAUUUCAUGAAAGAUAUGAAGUUGGGACAGCUGGCCUUUUUCUACCACAGCAAUUGCAAAGAGCCUGGAAUUGCUGCACUUGUCAAGGUCGUAAAGGAAUCUUACAUUGAUCACACACAGUUUGACAAGAAAGAUCCUCAUUAUGAUCCCAGAAGCACAAAGCAAAAUCCAAAGUGGUUCAUGGUGGAUGUGCAAUUUGUGAGGAUGAUGAAACGUUACAUCUCUCUGGCUGAAUUGAAGAGACACCAUCAAGAACACAAAACAAAGGAUGGUCCACUGAAAAACAUGGCACUGUUUACCAGGGCUAGGCUUUCUGUGCAGCCAGUAACCAAAGAGGAGUUUGACUUUGUACUGAGCCUUGAAGACCAAAAGCCAGUUUAAAUGGAAGAAGGUGCAGAUGGGAGAAUUAUUAUUCAGUAUUCCAGUUAUUAAUUCUAUCUUGGGUGAACUGAACUCAUUCGUUGCGUGCAUGUAUUUACCUAGCAGUCUGAACAACAUGUUUUCUUUGGUAAUAGGAAGAUGGGCUGCUGAAUUGUAAGUGGACUUGAUUUUUCUGUUUUUCUGCAUUUCUGCAGUCAGUAUGCUUCCUACAGGGGACAAAUGUAUGCUAUUAUAGUAGGCCAAACACUCAGAAGAGAUUAUAGUAUGGCACAGAAGCAACAGAGGAGUGCUCUGUAAAAUAUAUAACUUGUUUUGAAAUUAUCUGCAUUCCCCCAUUUCAGGAUUACUGUCUUCGCUUUCACCUGCAAACAAAGUACAGAAAGAGGAAAGCAUUAACUACCCAAACAUUUUCAUGUAUAAAUAAAUACCCGAACUAACGUGUUAUUUUGAAGGUUUAUCCUUGAAAUGCUGUAUCAUUGAAUAAAUUUCUUAAAAAAAUGAAAA